UGUGGGAAUGACCGGUGUGAGAGGCACACUCGUGGCGACUUUUAGAUUCAACCAAAAAUAAAAAUUCCACGCGUGUUUCGUGCCGUUUGUAAGCGCAAAAAACCUCAGAUCCGAACCCAGCACAGCACGCACAGUGUCCAAGGUACGGAACCUGUGGUAAAUAUAUAACAUUGUAACCCCUCUUAACCUAACCCUUGUAAAGGAGUUAGUUGUGUUGGUGUCGUCCCAAUCAAGAGAGAAGUGUGAAGGAUCUAUUUGAGUUUGAAUGGCGAACAUAGACAUCGAAGGGAUCUUGAAGCAGUUACCGAAUGACGGGCGUGUUCCGAAGACCAAGAUUGUGUGUACUUUGGGUCCUGCAUCUCGAUCCGUGGAAAUGAUUGAGAAGCUUCUGAGGGCGGGGAUGAACGUUGCUCGUUUCAAUUUCUCUCAUGGCACCCACGAGUAUCAUCAGGAAACCCUCAACAAUCUCAAGACUGCUAUGCACAACACUGGAAUACUCUGUGCCGUCAUGCUCGACACUAAGGGACCUGAGAUUCGGACUGGUUUUCUGAAAGAUGGAAAACCUAUUCAACUUAAAGAAGGACAAGAAAUCACCAUCACUACUGAUUAUGAAAUUAAGGGGGAUCCAGAGAUGAUAUCAAUGAGUUACAAGAAACUGCCUGUCCACUUGAAGCCUGGCAAUGUCAUACUGUGCUCCGAUGGUACAAUUACUCUCACUGUCUUAUCUUGUGAUCCCGAAGCUGGUACUGUUAGAUGUCGUUGUGAAAACACUGCAAUGUUGGGUGAGAGAAAAAAUGUUAAUCUUCCCGGUGUUGUGGUGGAUCUUCCCACACUUACUGAGAAGGAUAAGGAAGAUAUUCUUGAAUGGGGUGUCCCUAACAACAUUGACAUGAUUGCCCUUUCAUUUGUUCGUAAAGGCUCAGAUCUUGUUAAUGUCCGGAAGGUUCUGGGGCAUCAUGCAAAGAAUAUUCAGUUGAUGUCAAAGGUUGAGAACCAGGAGGGAGUCCUGAAUUUUGAUGAAAUCCUGCGUGAGACUGAUGCAUUCAUGGUGGCACGUGGUGAUCUCGGAAUGGAAAUCCCAGUUGAAAAGAUUUUUCUGGCACAGAAAAUGAUGAUAUACAAGUGUAAUCUUGUUGGGAAGCCUGUGGUCACUGCUACCCAAAUGCUUGAAUCGAUGAUCAAGUCUCCAAGGCCAACCCGAGCUGAAGCUACUGAUGUAGCUAAUGCAGUUCUUGAUGGAACAGAUUGUGUCAUGCUUAGUGGUGAAAGUGCUGCUGGGGCUUACCCUGAACUUGCUGUGAAAAUCAUGGCUCGUAUUUGUAUUGAAGCAGAAUCAUCCCUUGACUAUGGUGCUAUCUUCAAAGAGAUGAUAAGGUCUACCCCUUUGCCAAUGAGUCCAUUGGAAAGUCUUGCAUCAUCUGCUGUCCGCACAGCUAACAAGGCUAAGGCAAAACUCAUUGUUGUGCUGACACGUGGUGGGUCUACAGCCAAGUUGGUUGCUAAGUAUAGGCCAGCGGUUCCUAUCUUGUCAGUGGUGGUUCCAGUUUUGACCACAGACUCGUUUGAUUGGACCUGCAGUGAUGAGACACCAGCAAGGCACAGCUUAAUAUACAGGGGCUUGAUUCCAAUAUUGGGCGAGGGAUCUGCGAAAGCUACUGAUGCAGAAUCCACAGAGGUGAUUCUGGAAGCUGCUCUUAAGUCCGCAACAGAAAAGGGGCUUUGUACGCCUGGUGAUGCAGUUGUUGCCCUGCAUCGUAUUGGAGCUGCCUCUGUCAUAAAGAUCUGCAUAGUGAAAUAAUGCAAGAUAUGCUGAAUGUGUUAAUUCACCUGCGUGGCACCAACUGGUGCAGGGUUAUGUUUUGGCUUUUAUUUCUGAAACUAAGUGCUGUUUAUCCAUUUCGUGAAAUGGAGGAUUUAGUUAACUAGCCUUAGAUCGAGUUGGUUUUGGUAUUCUGUUAAUAUUGCGGAGUACUUAUAAAUGAGAUUAUCAUGGAAAUAAUCAGUAUUCUUGCAUUUUAAAAUAUGUUUAGUUUGGCGGAUAACCUUGUUUUGUUAUCCUCUUAAACAUUUUGUUGGUUUGUGAGGGCAAAUAUGUAUUGAAAGCAAGGAUGGCAAGGAUAGUUCGGAUGAAAAGCUUUUCUUGUUAGAAUUAAUGGGUCUUGUGUGAAUAAUGAAGAGUUUUACCAA